GGGAAGGAGGAGGGAAGUAGGACUUCAACAUGGCGGCUGUGGUACUGGCUGUGGCUAAGGUGACGGCUUGGCCUGGGGCGGGCAGAGUUGAAGGUGGUGGCAUUCGCUUUCCCUAGGGGCCGUCGGGAGCUCAGCGGGGACCGAGCCUGGGAGGUCGGCAGUGCCAGUACCUUUCGGCUUCUGGGACGGCGGCGGCAGUGGCGUUCAGGUUCUAAAUGGCUUCUAAGAAGUUGGGUGCAGAUUUUCAUGGUCAGGCAUCGGAUUUGCCAGGGACUUUCAGUUACCUUGAUGAUGUCCCAUUUAAGAUAGGAGACAAAUUCAAAACACCAGCUAAAGUUGGUCUACCUAUUGGCUUCUCCUUGCCUGAUUGUUUGCAGGUUGUCAGAGAAGUACAGUAUGACUUCUCCUUGGAAAAGAAAACCAUUGAGUGGGCUGAAGAUAUUAAGAAAAUCCAAGAAGCCCAGAGGGAAGCAGAAUGCAAGGCUGAGGAAGCAGAAGCUAAAGUGAAUUCUAAGAGUGGCCCAGAGGGCGAUAACAAAAUGAGCUUCUCCAAGACUCACAGUACAGCCACAAUGCCACCUCCUAUUAACCCCAUCCUUGCCACCUUACAGCACAACAACAUCCUCACCCCAACUCGGGUCAGCAGCAGUGCCACGAAACAGAAAGUUCUCAGCCCACCCCACACAAAGGCAGAUUUCAAUCCUGCUGAUUUUGAGUGUGAAGAAGACCCAUUUGAUAAUCUCGAGUUAAAAACUAUUGAUGAGAAGGAAGAGCUGAGAAAUAUUCUGAUAGGAACUACUGGACCCAUUAUGGCUCAGUUAUUGGAUAAUAACUUGCCUAGAGGAGGCUCUGGGUCUGUGUUACAGGAUGAAGAGGUCCUAGCAUCCCUGGAGCGAGCAACACUAGAUUUCAAGCCUCUUCACAAACCCAAUGGCUUUAUAACCUUACCACAGUUGGGCAGCUGUGAAAAGAUGUCGCUGUCUUCCAAAGUGUCCCUCCCCCCCAUUCCUGCAGUAAGCAAUAUUAAAUCCCUGUCCUUCCCCAAACUUGACUCUGAUGACAGCAAUCAGAAGACAGCCAAGCUGGCAAGCACUUUCCAUAGCACAUCCUGCCUCCGCAAUGGCAUGUUCCAGAAUUCCCUAAAGCCUUCCACCCAAAGCAGUGCCAGUGAGUUCAAUGGGCAUCAUACUCUUGGGCUUUCAGCUUUGAACUUGGACAGUGGCACAGAGGUGUCAACCCUGACCCCUUCUGAUAUGAUCUCCCAGAUGCCUUCCCUCUCUGUCUUGUCUGUGUCCACAGAAGAAACGUCACUUCCAAAUACAGGUCCCACGGUCACACCUCCUAAUUUCUCAGUGUCACAAGUGCCCAACACUCCCAGCUGUCCCCAGGCUUAUUCUGAACUGCAGACACUGUCCCCCAGUGAGCGGCAGUGUGUGGAGACAGUGGUUAACAUGGGCUACCCAUAUGAGUGUGUCCUGAGAGCCAUGAAGAAGAAAGGAGAGAAUAUUGAGCAGAUUCUCGACUAUCUCUUUGUACAUGGACAGCUCUGUGAGAAGGGCUUUGACCCUCUUUUAGUGGAAGAGGCUCUGGAAAUGCAUCAGUGUUCAGAGGAAAAGAUGAUGGAAUUUCUUCAGUUAAUGAGCAAAUUUAAGGAAAUGGGCUUUGAACUGAAAGACAUUAAAGAAGUUCUGCUAUUACACAACAAUGACCAGGACAAUGCUUUGGAAGACCUCAUGGCUCGGGCCGGAGCCAGCUGAGACCAGGCCCUGCUUAACACCCAGCCACGGAACCACCCCUGCAGGAGGCCCUGAGGAGCCCACCUGUAGGGAAGGAAAAGGGGCAUAUGUCUAGAUUUUCUUUGGGGUGCAAGAUCAGGUGUGGAGACUGUGCUUGCCAGUCUGUAUGAGCCUAGCCCCUGAGCUGGGGAGAAAAUGGGGGAAGAUUUGGGCAUGUGAAUACCUUUAGAACUGUCCUGGCUCCUUCCAUAUGAAAUGUAUUUGUAUUUUGAGAAGUGUCCUUCCCACUAUGACCCCUCCAGAGAGAUGUCUGGUUUUUCUGGGGUCUGUAUGUUCUCAGCUGAAACCUGGCCUGGCUGCCAAAAGAAGGGGUGGAGGGCCAGAUUCAGUGCUGCUCUGGGGCUAGAUGCUUCCCUCCCCUGUACUGGUGGACUGAACUUUAAUCCAGGUUGAGUGCAAUUGAAAGGUUCUUCCAGGGUUCCCCCCACCCCCUUUUAACAAAGUUAGUGUUAACACUGGUUCUGCAAUGUCACUGAGGUGCAAAGAAUGCCCAUUUCCCCAUGGGGCCCUGAGUUUGCCUUUCUUUUGGUUUGGACCACAAUCCUCUACCACCAGGAUUUUAAAUUUCCUGCUCUAGGAAUCAGUUGUCACGUUAAGAAAUUAUUGGCCCCUUCCCAGCAUAAUGAGUUGGGGAGAAAUAGGCCAUGAUUUAGUUGCCCAGCACUAACUCCACCUCAGUUCUUUGGAGAACAGCUCCUCCCACCAGCCCCCUGCUCUAGGAUGACACAAUGAAUAACACCUAGUCAUAGAAAUCAGUCUCUUUGGUUUGUUUUGUAUUAUGCUGUACAUCGUUAAAGAUCUAAAUACAAAGAUAUACAGUCUUGAUGAAUCUAAAAUAAUUUGCUAACUAUUUUGAUUCUUCAGAGAAAACUACUAAUAAAAAUCUAAAAGGAAAACUUGAGAGCCCAGGCCCCUCCAGCUGGAAAACCUGCAGGAUAGUCACUAUGGCACAGGGUGCGGCCCACUUCUCUGCAUUUGAAACACUUUAUAUGUAGAGGUAAUAUAGUUUUCAUGGUAAGGGGUGAUUUUGAAGAAGUAUCUCUGGACUGCAUGUGACUUACUGUCACAAGGAGGAGCCCCAAUAAGCCACUAGG